GGGAGGGAUUCGAGGCGCUUUACGAAAGUCUGACGACCACGAUAACAUGCUCUGACGGCUGAUAUACUGUAAAACCGACCAAAACCCAAUGAGCGACUAUCAGCCUGUGUUUCCUGUCAGUGCGGCGCAUCAUGAUUCUCUGCAGUAUCACUUCUACUUCCCCAGCACCUUCAUCGCCCUGCGGCUCUUCUACACACAGUCACUGCGGCACUACUCCAUGUGGUGCGCAGAUCUGGCCACCGGCAGCCUCCAGGAACUUAUCAACGAGCAGGACGGCGCGCAGACGAAGGCCGUCCCGUUGCGGGUGACUGGCCGGGAGGGCCUUUCACUCAAAGCCGCCGAUGAGGAAGGCAGAUCCCAUCAGCAGCUGACCAUCGACGACAACAAGGAGCUGCAUGAGAUCUCUGCGACACUCACUGACGGCCGGAGCAUCAAGAUCAGCUUCGGCAGCGGGCCUAUCCAUAGCUGGAUGACCGGGGACCCUGAGGAGGUCGUCAUUCAUCGCCCGGUGAUGCCCUGCCAGCUCACCACAAACGACGGCAAGACCGAGAGCGGCUUCGGCUACUCGAAGCGCUACUCCUGGGCCUCUCCCCCAAACCACUGGUGCUAUCGCUUCGUGCACGCCCUGGUGCCGGCAGACCAACAGGCAUGGCGAGAGGUCUACUGGACAGCAGACGCGCAAUUCGGCGAUGGCAAAUACGACUACUUCAAGCGCCUGACCAACGCGGAGGGGGCGCAGCUCGAGGCGGCGGCGGACUCAUAUCAUCAGCACUCGCGAGUGGUGGGCCUGCAGAUGUCGGGCACGGAGAGGGUGGAGGUGAAGCUGACGCGCGAGGUCUGCAAGUGGCAGGCGGACAUGAGGAGCGGCUCGAUGAACAGCAGGAUGGUGCAGCGUCUGUGUGAGUGUGAGGUCUGGGUGGACGGCCACCUCGCCCACAAGGGACUGGCGCUCAAUGAGUACUGCCUGGGCACGCUGGGCUGAUGCAUAGAUAGUGUCAGUCAAUGGGCUUGUGGUGCAGUGCACCGUGUGAU